GGUAACGGAGCGCCUGGACGCGAGAGAAUGAGUGUUGUGGCAAAGUUGUAACUACCGAGGCGAUGUGGCUGGCGUGAGGUUUCUGUUUGGCGGGACACGAUAGGAUGGUGGGGUCAUGAGGAUGUGCAGCCGCGGUUCGGCCGCCAAAAGCAAAUCACCAGCCCUGGGACAGCGAUCAUCAUCGUCCACGAUCACCAGUGGUGACGGUACGGACAACGUAACCUCCUGCUGAUCACCAUGCUGAACGGUUCUGUAGACGGGGUGCUGAACACCUCCCUGGGGCCCACGAUGCCCGAGGGGCCCGGUCGUUUCUCCAUCCCCCAGAUGGUGGUGCUAGCUAUCGUAGCUGGCGCACUGAGUCUCGUCACAGUGGUGGGCAACUCCAUGGUGAUGAUCUCCUUCAAGAUCGACAAGCAGCUGCAGACGAUCAGCAACUACUUCCUGUUCAGCCUCGCAGUCGCGGACUUCGCAAUCGGCCUCAUCUCCAUGCCGCUGUUCACAGUGUACACCAUCUUCGGGUACUGGCCCCUAGGACCGCACAUCUGUGAUACGUGGCUCGCACUCGACUACCUGGCCAGCAACGCCUCCGUGCUGAACCUGCUCAUCAUCAGCUUCGACCGGUACUUCUCGGUCACGAGGCCGCUCACGUACAGGGCGAAGAGAACCACCAACAGGGCCGCCAUCAUGAUCGGAUGCGCGUGGGGCAUCUCCCUGCUGCUGUGGCCACCGUGGAUUUACUCGUGGCCGUACAUCGAGGGAGAGCGCACAGUUCCCGACCGUGAGUGCUACAUCCAGUUCAUCGAAACGAACCACUACAUCACAUUCGGGACAGCAAUCGCAGCGUUCUACGUCCCCGUGACGGUGAUGUGCAUCUUGUACUGGCGCAUCUGGAGGGAAACGGAGAAGCGGCAGAAGGAUCUGCCAAACCUUCAGGCCGGCAAGAAGGACAGCAGCAAACGGUCCAACUCCAGUGACGAGGCCAUGGACAUGGAGGACUGGAAGCGGUCCAGGAGUGAGUCCAGCACGGCGGCUGAUGAGCUCGAGUCAGCAUACUUGCCACACAAGAAGGCGAGGCCACUGACAUGGGCCUGGGUUCGAGACUGGUGCGUGGCGUGGUGGCAGUCGGGGCGUGAAGACGACAGCAUGGACCCGGACUACGAGGACACGCCGAGUGACAUGGGGUACGCGACGCCCGUGUCGGUGGAGACGCCGCUCCAGUCGAGUGUGUCGCGAUGCACCUCACUGAACGUGAUACGCGACCCCUACACCUCGGUCCAGCAGCAGCAGCAGACCCCCACCCGCCAGCACCACCUGCACCACUUCGACUCUCGCAGCCUGCCGGCCUCCAGCCGGCUCGCGGCGCGGUCCGUGUCCAGCGACUCGGUGUACACAAUACUCAUCCGACUGCCUCCGGACUCGGCCAGCUGCGAUGGGAGCGGAGCGGCGGAUCAGCCUUCAAUCAAAAUGAUAGCUGAUGACGGUGUGUCUCCCGGCGCUGUGUUGACGCCAAUCCGAGGCGGGGCUCAACGCUUUGCCGGGCGUGUGGACAGUGCCACCAGUAUGGGUAUGGACUAUAACCUGAGCCUUCACCCUGCGGGGGGGUUCCCCAAUUCUCCCGCUAUCACAAGACGGCCAUCUCAGAUGCCAGACAUUCGCAUACCGCUCAACGCUAAGAUCAUUCCCAAACAGUUAGCUAGUGGCUCAAAAGCACUUCUAGCUAAUGCUGGACCCAAACUGCAACAUCAGCAGAAAAAGAAGAAGAAGAUACAGGAGAAAAAAGCUGAUAAAAAAGCUGCAAAAACACUUUCAGCAAUUCUCCUUGCAUUCAUAAUCACGUGGACUCCGUAUAAUAUCCUGGUGCUUCUCAAGCCACUGACUGCCUGCACUGGCUGUAUUCCCCAAGAACUGUGGGAUUUCUUUUAUUACCUGUGUUACAUCAACAGCACAAUCAAUCCGCUCUGCUAUGCACUUUGCAAUGCUUCCUUCCGACAUACCUAUGUUCGGAUCCUCACUUGCAAGUGGCACAAUCGGAACAGGAGUGCCAUGAACAGGGCAUUUUACAAUUGAACAAAUGAGUGUUUGUUGCUGGAAGAAACAGGAUAGCACUGCUUUGAGUGCUAUUGUCACUGAACACCAUUCUACCAGUUGGUGGAGGGGUGAACCUUGCAGUGCAGGUCACCACAGCCCCUCAUGGCGCCACUGUCAGAUAUCUACUGGG